CAAAACAGUGUUGUGAUUUCCGUUUAAUCUUUCAUAAAUACAUGUCAGAAAUAAAAAUGUAAAUUAAAAAUAUUUUUAUUUAAAAGUCAAAAUAUUUAAUUUUAUGAAAUAAACUUUUCAAAUAUUGCGCUAUCUUUAUCGAAUGUUACAUUUGUUCUACGCAUUAAAAAGCAUUCCACUUCACGAUUAUACACUACUAUUGAUAAGUGGAUUCUACUUCCACACUUAACUCGAACCUAACCCGAACCUAACCCCAACCUAACCCCAAUCUAACCCGAACCUAACUCGAAUCUGGUAACACUGCUUCCACUCAUUGUCAGUCGUCGGUCGUGUAUCGUCGCUUCCACUUAAGUCAUAUUAUUCACAUUCUGUAGUGUCCUUAUGUAGUAGAAGUAUGACGUGCAUAAGGAUGUAGUUACUUCCAUAUAUAUAUAUAUAUAUAUAUAUAUAUAUAUAUAUAUAUUUUUAAUUAUAUUCACCUUCUGCUGCAGUGUCAGUAACUGUGAAAUAAACUCCAAACUUUUAUGUAAUAGCCAUGAGAAUUCUGAAAUAUACAACUUUUUCUUUUAAAUAUUGAAGUUGCUGUAUGCAUACAUGUACAUUUGCCACAUUCCAAAAUAAGAUAAGCUUGUUAUAUAAUAAUUAUUGUUGAUAAUAUUAUAUGGUAAUUAACAUAUGAAAAGAACAGAAAUUUGAGUUACCAUAAUGACGAGUACGGACACACGUGAUGUAAUCCGAGUUGGGUCUCGGAAAAGCGAGUUGGCUUUGAAACAAACAAAAUAUGUAAUAGAAUGUUUAAAAGAGUAUCAUCCAACAAAAGAAUUUCAAAUAAUUACAAUGGCGACCAAAGGAGAUAAAAUCUUAGAUAAAUCUUUACCUAAAAUUGGGGAAAAAUCUUUAUUUACAGAGGAAUUAGAACUUGCCCUUGAAAGUGGUCGUGUUGAUUUUGUGGUACAUUCAUUAAAAGAUUUACCAACAUCAUUACCAGAAGGAAUGGUAUUAGGUGCGAUAUUAAAACGUGAAGAUCCACGUGAUGCAGUUGUUAUGUCUAAGAAGUAUAAAAAUGAAACAUUAUCUACCCUACCAAAAGAUAGUGUGAUUGGUACUAGUUCAUUGCGUAGAACAGCCCAGUUAGCUAGAAAUAUGCCACACUUAAAAGUGGAAAAUAUUCGUGGCAAUUUAAAUACUAGAUUAAGAAAACUAGAUGAUGAAAAUGGACCUUUCGCAGCAAUUAUUUUGGCAGUUGCUGGUUUAAAAAGGUUGAAUUGGGAGAAUAGAAUAAAUCAGAUACUGGAACCAGAAGAAGCAUUAUAUGCUGUUGGACAAGGUGCAUUAGGGGUUGAAUGUCGAGAGACAGAUUGGAAAAUAUUGUCUCUUUUAGAGCCAUUAUAUGAUGUGGAAACAACUUUAAGAUGUGUAUGUGAACGUUCUUUCCUAAAGACAUUAGGUGGUGGAUGUUCAGCACCAGUUGCUGUUUCUUCAGAUUUAAAAAACAAAACUCUUACGCUUACUGGUGCUGUGUGGUCUUUAGAUGGGAAGAAAAUUGUCAAAUGCACUUCUGAAAGUAAGCUUUAUAUACCUGUUGAUGAUGGAGAACCUCCAAAAAAAUGUCCAUAUCGAGAACCACAACUGUACUGUAGUGUUGCACCUGGCAAAGUAAGCAAUUUAAGUCUUUUGGGUGCUGAGGAGCUCGGUAAAGAUCUUGGGAAAAUUCUUAUACAAAAAAACGCCCUGGAUGUUAUGGCGGAAGCAAGGAAUGAAAUUUUAAACUCAAAAUAGCGCUCAUAAACUGCGAUAUAUAAAUUAGUUUUUCUUGAUGAUGAAAACAAAUUAAAAAAGUAUAGAAUUCAAAAAUUUUAAUUCUAAUAUUCCAUUAAUUUAGAAAGAUAUAAAACCUAACUUAUAAAAGUUUCAUAAUACAUUAUUGUGCACUUUAUCAUAAUUUAAAAUGAUUAAGAAGGUUUAUCAUAUAUCAUAUAUUUCACAAUGUUCAUUGUGAUAACUAUAUUUAAUUGCUCAAAUUGUAUCUCGUUUGUCGCUUUGCAAAUGUAAAAAGAAUUGUACAGAACUGAUUAUAAUGUUAAAUACAAUUUAAGUAAAAGCUAUACACUGCCGUAUUAUAAUUUUCAAGUUAUGCAAAAUGUUACUGCAUUAUUUAUAAUAAUUUGCACCAUUUAACAUGUUGAAAUGAAGUUAUAAAUACAAAGGAGCUAUAUUUGGAAACUUUAUAUAUACAUGUAAAUAUUGUCUAUUUUUUUAAUACAAAUAUCAUUAUCAAGAAAACUAAUUAUAUUAACAUAGGUAUUAGGAUGCAAUAUGUUUACAGAAUAUUAUAUCAUGAAAAAUAUACAAAAUCUAGUGUUCAUAUUUUAAUUUGUUAAGUGAUUAUAACGAUGAUAACGAGUUACUUUAUCAUUGCAAAGCAUUGUAAGACGAUUUAUCUCGAUUCAAACAUUUGAUCACUACACCUAUACAUAUGUAUUUCUCGUUUUUUAUUCUUACUGUGGGCACUUUUUUGAUAUUCUUUUUGCUUCCUUUUACUUUUAUCCGUUAUAUCAAGGGUAUAUGUUGAUUCAUUUUGCUGUCUGAAGAGACGAAAUUGUACAUUUGUACAUUGAUUGAGAGCUACCUGUUUAGCGGUAGUGACUGAUCAGAUAACUCUAUACUUAAUAGAAAUAAUAUUUGUAAAACUUUGUAUAAUGUAGUUAUGUUGAGGGGAAUUAAAGGACAUAAUAUAUUA